AUGGAAAUAGAACACCAAAACUCAAAACACCAAAGAGAAAGAACAAAAGUUAUUGAAGAAGUGAUCAAGGUUUUAUGGUUAGCAGGACCAUUAGUAUUUGUAAGCCUGUUAAAUUAUAGCCUACAAGUUAUAGCUAUCAUGUUUGUUGGACAUGUUGGUGUAUUGCCUCUGGCUGGGGCUUCCGUGGCCACUGCUUUUGCCACUGCCACUGGUUUCAAUGUGAUGGUAGGAUUGGCAAGUGCAUUGGACACAUUAUGUGGACAAUCAUAUGGAGCAAAGCAGUACAGAUUGUUAGGCAUACACAUGCAAAGAGCAAUUUUGAUUCUAAUGACUGCUAGCAUUCCAAUAUCAUUUAUUUGGAUUAACACUAAAUCCAUUCUCAUUUUCCUUGGCCAAGAUCCUCAAAUUUCUACCGAAGCCGGUAACUAUGCUAAGUUAAUGGUUCCAAGCAUUUUUGCUUAUGGUCUCAUACAAUGCCUCAACAGAUUCUUACAGGCACAAAAUAUUGUGUUUCCAAUGAUGUUUAUCUCUGCUGUCAUAACUUUACUACAUGCUCUUUUGUGUUGGAUUUUGGUUUUCAAAUCUGGACUUGGAGGCAGAGGUGCUGCUCUAGCAAAUUCUAUAUCUUAUUGGUUGAAUGUCACUAUGCUUUCACUUUAUGUCAAGUUUUCUCCUUCAUGUAAAAAUACUUGGACUGGAUUUUCCAAAGAAGCACUUCACAAUAUUCCAACGUUUCUUAGGAUCGCAACUCCUUCAACUAUUAUGGUUUGCUUGGAACUGUGGUCAUUUGAAUCUAUUGUUAUCAUUUCUGGUCUUCUUCCUAAUCCGAAGUUGGAAACAUCAGUGCUAUCUAUCUGCUUGAACACAAUAUCAGCUGCUUGGAUGAUUCCUCUUGGACUCAGUGGAGCUGUAAGCAUUCGCGUAUCGAAUGAACUUGGUGCUGGUCAUCCGUGGGCUGCACGUUUGGCUGUGUGCGUCGUCGUUGUGAUUGCAAUUAUCGAGAGCUUCCUGAUUGGAGCGGCCAUGAUAAUUUUCCGCAAUAUAUGGGGCUAUGCUUAUAGCAAUGAAGUAGAAGUUGUCCAAUAUAUUGCAAAAAUGAUGCCAAUUCUCGCGGUAUCAACCUUCCUAGAUGGAAUGCAAUGUGUUCUCUCAGGUAAUGCUAGAGGAUGUGGUUGGCAGAAAAUUGGUGCUUAUGUCAAUAUGGGAUCAUACUAUUUAAUUGGUGCUUAUGUCAAUAUGGGAUCAUACUAUUUGAUUGGAAUUCCAUUAGCAAUUGUACUGGCUUUUGCAUUGCGCAUCGGUGGCAUGGGGCUGUGGUUGGGGAUCAUAUGUGCACUUAUUGUCCAAGUAUCUUCUCUAACGGUCGUUACGAUUCGUACGAAUUGGGAGAAAGAGGCAGAGAAGGCUACUGAUAGAGUCUAUAGUUUAAUAACACCAGAGAUUGUAGAUUCAUGA